AUGGCCUCCGGCUCGCGGUUUUCUGAGGUUUUUGAGGAUGAACUUGAUUGUUUACUUGAGAAGGCAAUUCCAGAGAAGACUAAAGCUGCUACAAAAUACGGGGUCAAGAUAUUUAAAGAAUGGUUUGCAAGUCAAGACAAGUUAAGCACUCCUAUUGAGGAGCAGUCGAAAGCAGAGCUAAAUGAAUAUCUGCAGCUGUUUUAUGCCUGUGUUUGGCAGAAAAAUGAGACGUGUUUUAAAGUUUCUUCGCUAAAAGCUAUUCGAGCAGCACUCAAUCGCUACCUGAGACAACAACCAAACAACAAACCUUGGUCAAUAGUUGGCAACCCGGAGGUCAGUUUGGCAAAUAAAACACUUAACGCUAUUUGUGUCAAUAUGAUGAAGGAGGGGAAAAUAAGUUCGGUAACCCAUAAAAAUCCCAUAACGAAAGAGCAACUACAACAACUUUUCAAGACCGGGAAACUUGGCAAAGCUAAAACAACAAACCUGUCUCAAAUACUCCGAACUGCAUGGUUUUACGUUACACUGUACUUUGGAAAAAGGGGGCGAGAAAACCAACGAAAACUGUUGAAGCAAAUGCUAGUUCUUUGGGAAACUCCAGGCAAAGGAAAGUACUACGAACUUCAAAAGGACCUACCUGGAACAAUGUUGGCGAAAAAAAAUCAUCAAGGAGGUCCCGAUGACAGUGCUGACGAGUCAGAUGGGAAAAUGUUUGAAACCCCAGAUUCUCUUCGAUGUCCCGUAAAAACACUGGAAAACUAUCUGAAACACCUCAACCCGAACGUAGAAAGUCUUUUUCAGCGACGAAGAUCAGAAUCUGUGAAAUUUAAUCCAGAUAUUGAGGAGGUUUGGUUUUGUCAAGCGCCAGUUGGUGAAGCGAUGCUGGUUAACAUGAUGAAAGUUAUGUGCAAAAAUGCAGGAAUCGAGCAGUAUCUGACCAACCACUGUGUCCGUGCAACAUCUGUUACCGUUCUUUCGGACAGUAAUGUAGAGGCAAGGCACAUAAAAUCUGUUAGUGGUCAUAAGUCAGACCAAUCAAUCCAGUCUUACAGCGUUCGCCCGUCCUUUCGCCAGAAAGAAAAUAUGUCCAACAUAUUAAGCCAUUUUAUUAACGAAGACAGCAAAGACGAAGCCUCCACUCUUUAG